UGACCGCUUUGUUUGAACUUUUCAUUUUACGUGACUCAUUGCUUUUUUAUUUCGGUCCUUUACAGGAACGGUUGGAAGCAAGAGGCUGUCUGGAAGCUGAGGAAAACAAAAAAUCUUAAGACCUCAACCCUCCGCUCAGCCUACAGGUGAAGAGGUUGAUGGAUGAAUCCAGGACUUUGACUUUCGAGGAGCUUAUUAGACUGGACCUGAAGCUGGAUCACCAUGGAGCUGCUCUGAUGGACUCUGGAGGAGGAGCGAUGGAGAGGUGUCACGCGCCUGAUGUCGGUCGCGCAGAGCUUUGGGAUGGUGUGAGUCCGUCCAGGUGUCGCGUGAAGCUGCGCGCUGUGGAAGGGGAAUCUGAAUUCUGGAUCAACUUGACUUGAAUUAACAGGACUUUGUCGUCCAGUCGCACCCCUCCUCCUCUUCUUCUUCCUCUUCUGCAGCGACUAUCUAGAUCUUGGAGUUCAGGGGUGGAGAAAAAGGUUUUAAAAAAAAAAAAAACGGCCUCGGCCUGCGGUGACUUUCUAUCGGAGGAGGAGUGUCAGCAUCUGUCUUAAUCACACCAGCGUGAGGAAAAAAAAAAAAAAAUGAAGGCGCACGAUGAGACAUCACCAGGGGCCGGUUCGGAAAGGAGAAAUGAAGCUGUGUUCAAGAAAUAGCGCCGCCUGAAUCGCUGCCCUCCGAGCCCCUGCAGUUUUUCUUUCGCUUUCGCAGCGCCGGUUGUGAAGAUGCUGGCGCUCCUGGUGACGAUGUCUUCAGUCGUUUUCAGCCCCGGCUUUGCCCUCAGCUCCCAUUUCAGCUCAGAUGGCGCUCCACUGAGUGAGCUGUCCUGGUCGUCGUCCCUGGCUGUGGUGGCCAUCUCCUUCUCGGGCCUUUUCACCUUCGUCUUCCUCAUGCUGGCCUGCCUCUGCUGCAAGAAGGGCAAAAUCGGCUUCAAGGAAUUCAAGAAUGUGGAUGGGGAGGAGUAUCAUGCAGAUAUGUCCACCUUGGCCUCGCCGGCCUCCCAGGGCAGCCCGGACGUCUACAUCCUGCCGCUCACCGAGGUGUCCCUCCCGGUCGCCAAGCAACCUGCACGAUCAGUCCAACUCCUGAAAUCCACAGAUCUCAGCCGCCACAGUCUUCUCUACCUGAAAGAGAUCGGGAAUGGCUGGUUCGGGAAGGUUCUGCUGGGGGAGGUGAACGCAGGCCUAAACACCACCGAAGUGGUGGUGAAGGAACUCAAAGCCAGCGCUAGCGUGCAGGACCAGAUGCACUUCCUGGAGGAGGCACAGCCUUACCGUACUCUUCAGCACCCUGCUCUGCUGCAGUGUUUGGCCCAGUGCACUGAAGUCACCCCCUACCUGCUGGUGAUGGAGUUUUGUCCACUGGGGGAUGUGAAGGGUUACCUCCGAGGCUGCAGGACUGCAGAAACCAUGACCCCAGAGCCUUUGAUUCUUCAGCGGAUGGCCUGUGACAUCGCCUCAGGACUCUUGCACCUGCACAAACACAACUUCACACACAGUGACCUGGCUUUGAGGAACUGCUUGUUGACUGCUGAUGUGUCAGUGAAGAUUGGAGAUUAUGGCCUGUCCCACACUAAGUACAAGGAUGAUUACUAUGUGACAUCAGAUCAGAUGUUCGUGCCGCUGCGCUGGAUUGCUCCAGAGCUCGUUGAUGAGGUGCAUGGAAACCUGCUGGUGGCUGACCAGACCCAACAGAGCAACAUCUGGUCCCUGGGUGUGACUAUCUGGGAACUGUUUGAGCUGGGCAACCAGCCCUACAGACACUACUCUGAUAGACAAGUACUCACCUACGCUGUGAGGGAGCAGCAGCUGCGACUGCCCAAACCGCUGCUCAAAGUGCCCCUGGCUGAGCGCUGGUAUGAGGUGAUGCAGUUCUGCUGGCUCCAGCCCGAUCAGAGACCCAAUGCAGAGGAAGUCCACUUGCUGCUCAGCUACCUGUGUGCCAAGGGGGCCAGCGAGGCUGAGGAAGACUUUGAGAGGCGCUGGAACUCGCUGCGUCCCAACACUGGUUUCAGCGGUCACCGUGGUGCCUCUGCAAUGUCGAGAGACCACCCCUCAUCAACCUCCUCCUCGUUCCCUCUCCUUGAGCAGUUUUCAACAGGUGAUGGCUACCACUCAGAGUCCGGGGAUGACAUACUUACAGUCACUGAAACCAGCCAUGGCCUGAACUUUGAGUACAAGUGGGAGCAAGCCAGGGCAGACCAGUCUUAUAGAGCCCCGGACUCCUCCAGUACCUUGGGUCAGGUCAACCAUCAUUGUCAGGAAGCAUUUUACCCACCAGGGGGUAUUGUUGGAGGCUGCCCUAUGGAGAGCCUCAGCCAUGGAGUUUCUCCCUCUUACUACCAACCAAAACAUCUACAUGCUCCUGGCAUACUUCCUGUCCUCAGUGCCCAUAGCCCCUCAGUAAGCAGUGAAUACUACAUCCGCAUAGAAGAGCCAGUGGAUUGUAACAUUGAUCCUGACUAUACCAUGUGCUCCUACAGCCCAGACUAUCAGGGCAGCAGUGGGAGCUUCCUUACUGGGAGUGCAGACUCAGGUGAAUGCAUGGCCUGCCCAUCACAGGCUAAGAACAUGGGUCCCUACUGGUCAGCAGACAUCCAUAAGUCAGAUGUGUAUGACUCAAAUGACUCAAGUCCUGCUAUCUCCCUGACAAUGGAGCCCCUUUUAGGGCAAGUGUCGGACAGCAGCCCUCUACGACCCUGGGAGUCUAGUCACUACGUGUCUUAUAAAGACAGAGAUGGGGGUUACUACUAUGAGCACUCACCGCCUUUGGGCAUAGAUCACUACCUGAUUGGAGGUGAGCACUCUGAGCACCACCAGGAGAGCUGGGGGUCGAGGAGCUUGCGUCAAGCCUUGGGUGAGUUGGAGAACCCACUUGGCAUAUCCCCCUCUGUAGGCAGUCCACCUCAACAGGCCUACAGAGAUGCAUACCUGGACACAAGUCAGACCUCUAUCAUAGGAAAGAACGUGACUGGCGGCUACUACGACAUGAUGGGCUCCCUUAGGAAGACUAUGCCUAGCCACACCAGGCACAACAGCCACUCUGUCACUAUCAACAUGGAGACAGAGGGGGCACUCUUCAUUGGGCACAGAGACAGUGAUUCUGAGGAGGAAGAAGAAGAGGACAUAUUUGUUGAGAGACACACCUGCAACACCUGGCCUUCGAAACACCGCCACAGCAGUGUGGGUCACCACAGACGGGCAAGCCACAGCUGCAGGCAGGACGCUUAUGUAGAUUUCCACUACACGAUGCCAAGUACGGACAUUGAAGACUCCUGGCCGGAGGACCACAGCCUGGCCUUCCACUCUCUACCCAAACCCAUUGACUAUCUUGAGCCCCACCAGGCCAAAGACAAUAGUGCCUGCCUUAGUCUGAGUAAACAUCAUGCAAUGGUGCCUUCAGACAACUGCAACCCCUACAUCUACCUGUGCCAUGAGGGCGAGACUCAAGUGCCAGCAUCUGGAGAGUGCUGCCACUCACACUUUGUUGACCCCCUCACUGGCAUGCUAGUCAGAAACAACAGCUAUAGUCACAGCUACAGUCAUAGCAGUUACAUCAGAGAUAAGAUGAUUGACCUCCCGAGCAAUGAGGAGAUGAUCAAUCUGUCACCAGCUCCAGGAGGUCCCAUUGUGGCCAAACCUACCCCGAUAAAGACUGAGGACCGAGGAGAGCAGUAUGUUGACCUUGCAACUGACAAUACCCCACUCAAGAAGAUGAAAGAGGAUGUAAUCAAGGAAAAUCCAAUCAUGCAAAAACCGCCAGAGCCUAAAAUAGAAGAGGUGACCCUGACAAUGACUAAAACCACUCCGCCGCCUGCAGACAACAUGCAUGUGAUGGUGGCCCUCACGGAUCCGCAGUCAGACCUGAGUCAAACUGGAGACAGCGGUGUUGACCGAGGCAGCGUUUGCCUCGCUGACAUCCUCGACUGCAGCGAUGAUGACGAGGAUGAUGACAUCACAGACGACAUCACCGAUGUUACCUCGGGCAUCUUCGCUGACGAGUCCAGUGAGAUCAACGCUUCUCCUGCCUUCAAGUCACUACAGAAGCAGGUGGGAACUCCCGACUCCAUGGAUUCCAUGGAUCUGCCAUCUACAACUGGGUCUUGUGAAGGCUUCAGCCCUGCAUCCUCCCACCCUUCCAGCUCACCUAAAGCUAUGGACAGUGGCUAUGACACAGAAAAUAACGAAAGCCCUGAAUUUGUACCUAAAGAGCCUCACGAACCCCGUGAACAACCUCUGGGAAAGCCUACCCUUGACACGAGCCUGGAGGAGGAUGAGGUGCUGGAGGAGCGUGGAGUCGAGGCUAAAGUGGUGCCCACAGAGGGUGAACCAUCGCUAGGUGAAGAUUUGGCCUCAGGAGCCUCACAGACAGGCGAUCACAUCUUUUUACCGCUAAGCGAUAAGACCCCAUACAGAGACUCUGCUUACUUUUCAGACUAUGAGAACGAAAGGCAGUCUAGGGAUGAAGGAGAAGAACUAUCGGAGAGAGGAGGAGAUGAACAAAAUGCUGAAAAGGAGCAGCAAAUUGGAGAAAAGAAGGGUGAGAAAAGAAAGAAUGAAGAGGAGGAAGAACUUAAGGACACCUCAGCAAACAAAGACAUAAAACUUGAAAUGAAUCACAUAAUGACAGGAGGAAUAGAAUCUUCUUCUCCACCAGAUAUGGAGGCUUACUUGACGGAGGAGUGUGACCAGGAUGAGGACGUGGGGCCACCUCUGGAGACCUCUGACACUGCUUCAAUAACAGAGGGAGUACUGGAUGAAUGGCCAUCCCAGGAAGAGAGCUCAUCUUUAGGAGACUGGGCAGCAGAGGUCGUGGGGGCCAUGGAAGAAGCCCUUGGAGCCCUUAAUGGAGAUUGCACCCCCAACAGCAAGGUGGAGGAGGAAGAGGAGGAAGAGGAGGAAGCAGAGGUCAUGAAAGACUCUAAUCAAGCCUCAGAAACAAAAGAAGAGCCAGCGAUCAAGGCAAUACAAAACAGGACAUCAGGGACAUCCAGUGAAAUCCUGCACACUUUACCCAAAGAUGAGGUGGCCUUGCAGCACACAGCAAACACCAGGAGGUUUUCUUCUUCCUCCUCUCCACCUCCAUCCACCCCUUCCCCUCCACCUCCUUCAACAGAGGGCCGAGGGUCUCCGGCUGAUGGGGAAGAGGCAGAUGAGGAGGACGGUGACACAGAUGACAGCGACGAAUCAGACGAGGAGCUGCGAACUUACAGCGUGCAGGAACAGAGCGGAGGGGAGGAGAGUGAGGAUGAGUGUCACCCGGUGCCCAUUGUGGUGAGUGACGACAGCGAAGCCCACAAACUGCGCAGCCUCCUCAAGAUGCCGACCCUUCUUACAACAGAGAACCUGGAGGAGGAGCUCGAACGCAAGAGGAAGACUGUGUCUUUUUUUGACGACGUCACCGUCUAUCUGUUCGAUCAGGAAAGCCCAACUAAAGAGCUGGCUGAACACGGCUUCCCCUUGGGGACAGAGGGUCAGAGUUCACGGAACAAGCCCCAUGAGAGAGUUAAUGCCUCAGAUGACUCAUCUGAUGGGAACAUCUCAGAGGAGAGUGCAGGGUAUGAGUGGGAGGAUGACUUUUCCCUGCUGCCUUUACCAACAUCUUCAGCGGCAUCCGACUCCCCUCCCACUCGCUCCAUCACCCCCAAGGCCCCGGACGCCAAACCAGCAGUGCAGUACUCCCGCUUCACAGUUUCCCCGUCCAACGUGUCCCGUUUUUCCAUCACUCACAUCUCUGACUCUGAUAUGGACUCAGCAGGAGGAAGCAGUGAGGACGGGGAAAAAGAGUAACAAGCUGUGGAUAUUUACUGCCUCUCACUGACAACAACUUGGCCUACUAGCAUGACUUCUGAUUUAUUUUUUAACGUCAGGUUUUAGAAACACAAGACAGUGCCUCUUACCGCCUGUGGACACUUUUGAAAAGUCUGUCUUACCACAAUGUAGGACUGACCUAAGCUGUUUAGAAUACUGAAAAGAAUAUGGUUAAUAUAUAAAAUUUACAGAAUAUUAAUAUAUACUGUAUGUAUGAUGUAAAGAAUCUAUGAAAGCAGGGGAAAUUUGUGUGUUGAAUUCUGUAUAUUUUUCAGAUUAAUGAGACAGUGGAGGGACAGGCCUUCAGAAAGCAUCACGUUUGCCACCUCUUUCACUUCUUAAUUUAUGAUAGGGAGUAUUUAUGAGUGUGGAACCACCUGGACCUAGAAAUAGGACAAUUAAACUGUUGCGCAAACUGUCACUGAGACACAAGAAAGACACAACAUCAACUUUUUGGGCUUUUCAGCAAAGGAUCAGCACUUUGAGCAAGACUGUACAGCUCCACAGACUUUCUACUUUUUUGGAAACUGCUUUACUUGUCUUAAUGAAUAUCAACGAGAAUCCUUGAGGUAUCACAAGUAAUAUAAUGUUAAUAUUUGGAUUUAUUCAAAGAUGAAGAACAUGCUAGUGUGGAGGAAAGAACAGCUAAUCAAACCUUUGACAACCUGAUAUUUUCUGACUUUUCCCCCUGUUUUUUUUUUUUUAAGAAUCAGGAUCACUGUACUGUUUUACAUGAAUAUGUGGCUCAUUCUCUCUACCAGGCACUACAUUGUCACUAUGGUAACAAGAAGCGGAGGAAGUAGUUUAAGAUUUAAAGGUUUAAUAUGUUUUUCAAAUAUAGCAAUGCAUGGUUUCAAGUAACUAGAAAACAGUGUAAGAAUUUAUUGCUUAGAGAUGAAAUGGGGACAGUUUUUUCUUUGUUUGUUUUCUGCUUUGGAACAGAGACAGAAACCUAUGGUCAUGGAAAUCCUUUUUCAUGUUGCAGGUCCAAAACAAAUUGGCAGCAAGAGGGGAUAUUUUGAUUUGGACUGCUAGAAAGAUGCUAGUUCUCUAAGAAUGACAUGGGCCAAUACUCUUGGGCAAUAUAGAUGAAAUCUUCAUCACAGUACACUGUAUGUAAUUCUAUAUUGCCAUAAUGCUAUACAGUGCAUCUUGAUGUAGUACAUUCUCUGAACUCCAGUUAAGAAACUGAUAAAAAACAAAUGUUUGUGGUUAAUCCAGUCAAGUUAAAUACCUGACAAAUCAAAGUACUUCAUCACAUUGAUGCAAAAUUCCUGUAAAUCCAAUAUUGCCAGAAAACAGCAACACUUGUUGAUUUGCAACAAUAUCCACAAGAACCAGUACAAUCAGAGAUAUUAAAAGGACAGAUAACUUGGUACAAAUUCUUUAACUUCCAUACUGUAUGUGUCGUAAUAUCGCCCUACAGGCCAGUAUAUCAAAAUACAUACCUGCCCAACAUUAUUAAAAGGCUGUGAAAUUCUAUUUUUCUCUGCACAGAGGUUAGCCUGAACAAACGUGAUUUUGCAUAUGUAAAUCAGCUCUACCAUCAUUUCUAUCAUUUUAUCUGUUUGUAAGAGAAGUGAAAACGAAUGCCUGACUUAACUGUUACUGACACUGUUGCUGUAUAUUGGCUACAAUGAGCUUGUUUAGUACAAUGACUCCACUUGUAGAACCUGAAUGUUGGGAAAAAAAAAAAAGUUUGUUUCGACUUCUGGGAAAAAAAAUUAGAGGAUAGAUUUGAGCACCAUGUUGAAACAUAUGAGAGCAACGUUUCAUAGCACUUGAAAGCUUAGAUGGAUGGUUUGAUUACUUAAACUUGUUGAGCCACAAUACUUUUACAUGGAACAGAUCAGUUCAGUGUUAAGUGUAAUUUGUCUGAUGGUUGAAGGAGAUAGAGGGCUGAUGUCAUGAUCAUGAAAUGUUACAAUGCUUUGCUUUCUGUGUGUGUAAAUGUAAGGAAGUAAAAGGGAAGGAGUGGUUGAUGAGCUGUUGGCUCUGAAGUCAUGAAGAAGCAGGAUGUCACCGUUCAAAACACCCUGUGAUCAACAUGUAGUGUCUUCUGAGUGUUUGUUUGCCUUCCAAGGCUCUAUUAUUCUGUAACAGUUAGCAGCAUAGAACCCUCUAGAUGACUGUCCGUAAUAUUUUUGUAUUUCGACAAAAAUACUUUUAAAAGUAUUGAUGUACUGUACCUGUGAGGGAGAGAAAGAUUUUAAAAAAAAAAGGUAUCUCUUCUGUUUAUUGUUGCCAAAGAGAUGUUGUGUUGUGGUCCAGGGAUAAGUGCAGUUGGUGGUGUUUUUACCCUAAAAUGGUGUCAGAGAGGAGGAACACGACAGCAGCUUUGGCCUUGAACUGAUCAUUAAAAAAAAAAAAAAAAAAAAAAAAA